AUAUUUUUGGCCACAUCCCCGGGCCACGUCGCUCCUUCUCGCCAUUUUACUUUGAUCGCCAGAGAAGAGCUGCUAAACAGCAGGUCUGACAGUCCCUUGUAAGCGCCUUCACUGCAAAAAGAGAAACUGGGGAUCCCAGCUUUGACCGUCUACAGGCGCUGACCGAUUAGCUUCCCGGCAAAACAAACAAAAAAAAACAAAAAAAACAUGAAUGUCUUCAGGCUCACCGGCGAUCUUUCUCAUCUUGCAGCCAUCAUCAUCCUGCUGCUCAAAAUAUGGAAGACCAGGUCUUGUGCCGGUAUCUCUGGGAAAAGCCAGAUUCUUUUUGCAUUGGUCUUCACCACCCGUUACUUGGAUCUGCUCACCUCUUAUAUCUCGCUCUAUAACACCUUCAUGAAGAUUGUCUACAUUGGCUGUGCGUAUGCCACCGUGUAUUUGAUCUACAUGAAAUUCAAGGCGACCUACGAUGGCAACCACGACACGUUCCGGGCCGAGUUCUUGGUGGUGCCCGUGGGUGGGCUGUCCUUCCUCGUCAACCACGACUUCAGCCCUCUUGAGAUCCUGUGGACCUUCUCCAUCUACCUGGAGUCUGUGGCGAUCCUGCCGCAGCUCUUCAUGAUCAGCAAGACUGGUGAGGCGGAGACCAUAACCACGCACUACCUGUUCUUCUUGGGGCUGUACCGGGCGCUGUACCUGAUCAACUGGAUCUGGCGCUUCUACUUUGAGGGCUUCUUCGACCUGAUUGCCAUUGUGGCCGGAGUGGUGCAGACCAUCCUCUACUGUGACUUCUUCUACUUGUAUGUCACGAAAGUAUUGAAAGGAAAGAAGCUCAGCCUUCCUGCCUAAGUGC